UUGACCAUGCUCUUGCUCGUUUAAUAACUGCAUAUGCUGAACACGGCCACAAAGCAGCCAAAAUAAACCCACUGUUUGCUGGCCAAGCUGUUAUGAACAUUGUACCCGAAAUCCAAGAGUUGGCAGAAGUUCUUCAAGGGCCUCUCAUUACUACAGGGCUUCUAAACAUGGGGAAAGAAGAGGCUUCCCUAGAGGACGUGUUGGCUUACCUUGACCAUAUAUACUGCGGGCAUAUUUCCAUAGAAACAAGCCAGCUUCCAACUUUGGAGGAGAGAGAAUGGUUUGCUAAAAGGUUUGAAGAGCUUAAACAAGAAGCGUUUACACCUGAAGAGAAAAAGCACUUGUGCAAACUGAUGUUGGAGUCCCAGGAGUUUGAUCGAUUCUUAGCUACGAAGUUUGCCACAGUGAAGCGGUACGGUGGUGAAGGAGCAGAGAGCAUGAUGGGUUUCUUCCAUGAGUUGUUCAAGAUGUGUGCGUACAGCGGUGUGACAGAUAUCGUCGUUGGAAUGCCUCAUCGUGGGAGACUUAAUCUUCUCACGGGUUUACUUCAGCUUCCACCUGAGCUCAUGUUCCGUAAGAUGCGUGGUUUGAGUGAGUUUCCAGAGAAUUCAGCAGCCAUUGGGGAUGUUCUCUCCCAUCUGACAUCUUCUGUGGAUCUCGACUUUGGUUCACACAGGCCUGUGCACGUCACCUUGCUCCCUAACCCCUCACACUUAGAAGCAAUCAAUCCUGUGGCCGUGGGCAAGACACGGGGAAGGCAACAGACUCUGCUUGAUGGAGAUUACUCUCCAGAGAGCUCUGCACAGCCUGGAGACAAAGUUAUUUGCCUACAGGUUCAUGGCGAUGCUGCUUUCUCUGGGCAAGGGAUUGUUCCUGAAACACUGACCCUCUCUAAUCUACCACAUUUCAGAGUUGGUGGGAGCAUCCAUUUGAUUGUAAAUAACCAGCUGGGCUACACCACUCCUCCAGAGCGAGGAAGAUCAUCUCUGUACUGCAGUGAUAUUGGUAAAAUUGUUGGAUGUGCAGUUAUCCACGUGAAUGGGGAUGAUCCUGAAGAAGUUGUCCGUGCCACACGUCUGGCUGUCGAGUACCAACGCCAGUUCCGCAGGGAUGUAAUAGUAGACUUGCUGUGCUACAGACAGUGGGGCCACAAUGAACUCGAUGAGCCGUUCUUCACCAACCCCAGCAUGUACAAAAUCAUCAGAUCCCGUAAGAGUAUCCCAGACACAUAUGCAGAACACCUAAUAGCUGCUGGGCUCAUGACCGAGGCUGAAGUAGCUGAGAUAAAGACGACAUAUUAUUCUAAACUGAAUGAUCAUCUUGCCAACAUGACUUUGUAUAGUCCACCUCCAACCAACCUGCAGGCUCACUGGAAAGGCUUCGUCGAGCCUUCUGCUAAAAUCACCACUUGGGACACAGGUAUGCCCGUACCACUUCUGCAGUAUAUUGGAGUCAAGUCUGUAGAGGUGCCUGAAGAACUCCAGAUGCACAGCCAUCUUCUGAAGACCUAUGCACAGUCAAGAGUUCAAAAAAUGGAGGAAGGAAAGAAGCUGGACUGGGCAACAGCCGAAACUUUAGCAUUUGGCUCCCUCCUGAGCCAAGGGUUUAAUAUCAGGCUAAGUGGGCAAGAUGUUGGCAGAGGAACCUUUAGCCAACGACACGCGAUGUUGGUUUGCCAGGAGACAGAUGAUACCUACAUUCCUCUGAAUCAUAUGUCCCCAGACCAGAAGGGUUUCCUAGAGGUGAGUAACAGUCCCUUGUCUGAAGAAGCUGUACUUGGUUUUGAAUAUGGAAUGAGUAUUGAGAGCCCAAAGUUACUGCCAAUUUGGGAAGCUCAAUUUGGAGACUUCUUUAAUGGAGCCCAGAUAAUAUUUGACACUUUCAUCUCUGGAGGUGAGGCCAAAUGGCUUCUGCAGAGUGGGAUAGUAAUUCUUCUUCCCCACGGCUAUGAUGGUGCAGGCCCCGAGCACUCAUCCUGCCGAAUGGAACGGUUCUUACAGAUGUGUGACAGCUCAGAGGAGGGAGUUGAUGGGGACCAGGUCAACAUGUCAGUCGUGCAUCCCACCACCCCAGCACAGUAUUUCCAUUUACUCCGGCGGCAAAUGGUCCGAAACUUCAGGAAACCUCUAAUUGUUGUUUCUCCCAAAGUGUUACUCAGGCUCCCUGCUGCUGUAUCAAGUUUUGAAGAAAUGGCCCCAAGGACAACAUUCAAGCCUGUCAUUGGUGACUCCUCAGUAGAUCCUAAAAGUGUCACCCAAGUGGUGCUCUGUUCUGGUAAGCAUUACUAUGCUUUGGUGAAGCAAAGAGAGACACUAGGAGAGAAACAGCACAACACAGCUGUUCUGAGACUUGAAGAAUUAUGUCCUUUUCCCCUGGAAGCUCUACAGCAAGAGCUGAGCAAAUACAGCCAUGCAAAAGUCUUUAUCUGGAGUCAGGAAGAACCACAGAACAUGGGUCCCUGGUCCUUUGUGUCACCACGCUUUGAAAAGCAGCUGGGGCUUAAGCUCCGUCUUGUGAGUAGACCUCCUUUACCAGCUCCAGCAGUCGGCAUUGGAACCCUACACCACCAGCAGCAGGAAGACAUUCUUACCAACACGUUUGUCUAAGUUUUCAGCAGACUGACUUCUCCUGCUGUCAGUCAUGUUUGGUGCCUCCUCCUGUGAAGAACAAAAGCCAGACCCUUAAGACUCUUAGUUCUCCAAAAAUGAAUGGAGCAAGUUCUAUAAUGAUGAAGCCAUUUUUUCACCUAGGAGAAUACCUAAAUGAGAGGUGAUGCUUGUUACUCUAAUACUUCUUGUUCCCUUGCAGUAUUUUCAACAAAACAUCUUUAUAAAGUUUAAAAAAAAAUCCAGUCCAGGGGUGGAUUGGUGAGGUGGCUGUAAAAUACUGUGUAUCACAUUGCUUGUCUGCACUUGGCAGUUCCCUGGAAUGGUGGACAUG